AUGAAGGUCGCCUCAUUAAUACUGGCACUCUGUGUCCGGACGAUACUAGCCGCAGCCCCGUCUGGCCUAACUGAUUCCACUACAAUCUCGAUCCAACCAGUCGAAUCAUCAUCAUAUCCAGUUACUUUGGCAGCCAUCAAAUAUAACCCUUCCACGCUUACUGCCGAGCUGGCAGAUUUUGAGUUGCCUGAACUAUCCUCAGAAUCCAAACUUUUGCGAAUCGGCGUCUACGAUCCCACAACUUCGAGCUGGAAAACGUCCACGUCGGUGACCUCAUCAGAGAGCUUCUCGAAAGGCUAUUCUCCGACCCUAGUCCUUUCUCUCGAUGCACAAGGAGCGGUGAUAGGUGUUACUUGCAAGAGCUCGAAGAUCGAUGCUGGGCAAACGAGGGACUUUGGGCCCAAGGUUACGGUGUUGAAGAUGGGGAAGGGGAAGGGCCCUGAGCUUAAUCGGCCUGUUGUUUUGUCGGCGGAAGGGAAAUUAGAGGAACCCGUUCCGGAGAAGACGAUGUUACAAAAGUAUUGGUGGGUUCUCUUGGGGGCUACGAUGCUCAUUUUAACUUCUGGAGGAGGCGGAGAAUAA